AUGGGGCAAAAAAACGACCUGCGCCAAACCCCUCACUUAGCACCGCCGUUCUCGAAGGAUACUGCCAUCCGACUUUCGCAGUGUUCUACGUCUCUGGAUGCCCUCUUCCCUCCUUAUCUUCGGCACGGCGACCAGCUGUGCGAUACUCGAAAAGACGUUGACCCGUUUCUCAAUCUUGACUUGCGGACGCCGACGUUGAUCAAGAUUCACCGAUAUCUCUGGCUCGCUGGACUCCCGCGGCCGGCGCGGCCGAUUCACCUACAGCGGCUCCUGGGACGUGUUGUCCACCUCACGAAAAACCCGGAUGAGCACUUGCUAUGGCAUGAAUCGUCGAUUCAUGAGUUCCGGAAGGAGAGGAUUUGCCAGGACGAUAAGCUGUAUCGGAGCGCGUACGGAAUCUUGCUAUACUACGCGUGGCUCGUAGGCACAAGGAGCGACAUCGGAAUUGCUCGCGACACGAGCCUGGUUCCUUCCGAUGUUGAGUGGGAUUUCUGGACGGCGCUUAUACGCGACGUCUUACAUCACGAGAAAAUUCGGGCGUCGUGCGAAGUCGACAGCCGAUAUGCAUACGGCGAGUUGUGGCUGUCUCGCCUCAACUCCCUUUACCAAUUCGGGGCGCCUGGCUUGUCGUUGCAAAAUCUGGUAUUCGGUUACAUGUCAGGCUCUCAGCGAUACACCGCCUUCUUUGGGCGCAACUUUGGCUGGCUGUUUUGGCAAAGAUAA